AUGUUGGCUGGUGCCGCGGCUCACGUCAGAUACACCAAGAAGCGCAUCCCACAGAUUAAUCAGAACGCCACCGGGUCGCCGCGUCGCGUCCGCCGUUCCACCGUGAGUUGAAUGUUUAGGAAAUUGUCGCUCUCUUGUCUCACGCUUGCUGACAUUCAUAAGGUAGUUGUUAUUGUGGGUGUGUACAGGAGUUUAUGAUGACUUUUUUAAAAUGAAUUAAAAUUUUAGAUAGGGUAGGGAUUUUUGGUAGGGUAGGGCAAAAAAAAAUUUUUUUUUAAAUUUUAAAAAUAGCUGAAAAAACGAAUUAAGAGUCUUCUCUUGCCAUCUUGACCUACUAUUCAGUUUAUUAUUGUCAUUUUAGCAAAGCCCUCAAAAGAACUCAGGAAGGAGAGGAAGUGCUGGCCCAGUUAUUACAACAGAACGGCCGAGGACUUCAUCAAAUGGCAACAACAACUUUCUUACCGUACCCUUAACAGGAUCGCCACCGUUCACCAGGAAAAGGUCUGGGUCCGUGCCUGUGAUUCGAUUUACUUUGGUAAGGGGUGGUAUUUUAUUUUGGUAGGGGGUGUUACUUGCUUUGGUAGGGGGUGGUAUUUUACUUUGGUAAGUAGUUUUCUUUUACUUCGGUAAGGGAAAUAUUUUUACUUUGGUAAGGGGCGUUGUCAUACGUUGGUAAGUUUUUGUGGUAUGUUUUUGAUGAUAUUAACAAGGAAAGUACCCAAUCGGCCCUACUCAGAAUCAGCUCAAAAUUUUUAUGUGGAUUCUUUUCACCUCUAAUGGUAUCCAUAAAAAAGUUUAACUCGGGUUUUUGAGUUUUAAACUUUAAAUAUUAGAAAUUCCCGCCAAUUCGGCAAAUUUGGCAUUUUGUUUCAAGCACUUUUUUCGACUUUCCAGACAAGCCAAGCUUACAAAUUAAAAAAUAUAGGCUUAUUUUAAGGUUUUCGGCUAGUAUAUCAAUGAAAAGUGAUUAAAAUCAAAAAAUGACAAGUUAUACGCUUGAAACACAAUGCCAAUUUGGCGGGAAAUUAAAAACGUAACUUUUUAAUCUCGAUUUUCUCUGGAUUUCCUGGAACGCUCAAUUUAGAACUGUUCUGAAGGUUUUAUUUACAUGAUCUUUUUAUAUAAAAAGUUUUAAGUCAAUCAAAGUGGGACAGGUCAAGCACUUUCUUUAUAAAAAGGAAAAAAUAAAGAUUUAAAGGCCAGAACUUUUUUAGGCAGUUGCUUGGAGCCUAAAACCAGACUACAUCAGAGCCUUGAAGAUCACAUGGGAUCGACUGUGUGAUGUGCCUCGGGCGAACUGCCGUGGUAUUCUUGGCAUUAUGGAACGGGUAUUCGAGAAAUUUGAAUCGGUAAGACAUUUUGUUUUAAUUUACGUCAUACACUUAACGUAUUUUACAUAUUUUAGAUUAAUUUUGUCUAUACUGAACUUUAGUAGCUGAGGGGUUCUUAUACCAAGAUGUUAUAAAACUUAAAAAAAGAUCGUAUUUUACCUUUUUAAGCUUCACCUGAUGUAUACAGAUAGUUUCCUUACAACAUAGCUACUUGUAAAUGUCUAUUUUACCAUAAAAUCAUAUCAAAAAUGUCUACUUUAACAUUCUUUCCAUCUUUCACUGUAUUGUUUGCUGUUGUUCAUGUUACGUCGACAAUAACUUAAAUUUCCGAUAAACAACUUCCGAUUGUGUUAUUGUAACAUCCCAAAAUACAUUCAACACGCCCCAAAAUAGACGUAUUUUAUUGAAGGAAGUGCGUUUCAGAAAGAUAAACACAUCAAAGAGGUCUUCUAUCAAGCCGCCUUCGUCGAUUCGAUGGCCGACACCCACGGUCGACGACAUUCGGACAAGUCCAUAGCCACGUUGAGGGAUCACAUCCACUUCUUCGUCUCACUGAUAUCACAAGUAAUUCAUUCGUUGGAGAAGCCGGCCACCGACAUUUUCGAGCAUAUUGACAAAAUAGGUAGGGUAAUAUAAAAAAAAUGUCAAAAAAGUAAGAAAUCCGCUCUACCCAAAAAAAAUUUUGACUUUGCUCUUCUCCUCAUACCUAAACCCCUGCCCUGCAAUGAUUGUAAAGUCCAAUGCACAUACUAGUUAAAGUUAUCAUAUAUACUGUUAUUUUAGGUGCCUACCACUAUCACAUGAAGAAGAUCGGCUUCAAUGCUCAAAUGUGGGACACUUUAGGCGUGUUAUUAGUGGAUGCUAUCGUUGUACAGGUAAUUUUUCUCAUUUUAAGCCCCUACCGUACCCUAUCAUGCCUUGCCCUACAAUACCCUACCAACUUACCCUACUGUACAUCUUUAAUAUAAAAUGUCCUUAUAUAUAGUACCUUUCCAUUGUGUAUACAAUGCUAUAACACACUUAACUGUAUCAUAUACUCUGCUAUAACAUAUAUCUACUGUUACGUAUAACCUAUUAUGAAAUAAUCUACUACAUCAUAUACCUACUACAAUAUCAAAUCCUUUAGGACUGUGUCCGCGGUUUCCCCGAAGCCUGUCGUUCCUGGACCUUAAUGGUCGCGGCUCUAAUCGACCGCCUCCGUUCCGCGAAAAAACAGUAUGGCGCACCAGUAACCCUUCGCCGUUCCACAAUGUUCCAUCAGCCCGACCUACCGUUCCGAUGCCCCAGCCCGACGCCACGAUGUCCGGCGUCGCCGCGACGACGUGGCUCCAUGACACCCGGCUCCAGUCCAAUGAAAACGAGUCCAUUAUUGAAAGUUCAAGCCCCACCAACACGACCUCAGUCCAAUCUUGUUGUCGAUCAGAUUAUAAUAAACUAA